GCUCAGCAGCCGCCGCCACACGGAGCAGCCGCGCGCCGGGCCAGCCGGGCCGCCGGGGCCCAGUGCGCCGCGCUCGCAGCCGCCCGCGCCGUCGGCGCUCAGCUUUGGUGGCCGCGGGGUCCGAGGCCGGACCGGAGAAGGGGGCGAGGGCGGCGCCAGGGCGCCCGCCGCCCCGGAGGCAGGAUGAGCAUCGAGAUCCCGGCGGGACUGACGGAGCUGCUGCAGGGCUUCACGGUGGAGGUGCUGCGGCACCAGCCCGCCGACCUGCUGGAGUUCGCGCUGCAGCACUUCACGCGCCUGCAGCAGGAGAACGAGCGCAAGGGCGCCGCGCGCUUCGGCCAUGAGGGCAGGACCUGGGGGGACGCGGGCGCCGCCGCCGGGGGCGGCACCCCCAGCAAGGGGGUCAACUUCGCCGAGGAGCCCGCGCACUCCGACUCCGAGAACGGGGAGGAGGAGGAGGAGGAGGAAGAGGAGGCCGCGGACGCAGGGGCGUUCAACGCUCCAGUAAUAAACCGAUUCACAAGGCGUGCCUCAGUAUGUGCGGAAGCUUACAAUCCUGAUGAGGAAGAGGAUGAUGCCGAGUCCAGGAUCAUACAUCCCAAAACUGAUGAUCAAAGAAAUAGAUUGCAAGAGGCUUGCAAAGACAUCCUGCUGUUUAAGAACCUGGAUCCGGAGCAGAUGUCUCAAGUGUUAGAUGCCAUGUUUGAAAAACUGGUCAAGGAAGGGGAGCAUGUCAUCGACCAAGGCGACGAUGGGGACAACUUUUACGUCAUCGACAGAGGAACAUUUGACAUUUACGUAAAAUGUGACGGUGUGGGAAGAUGUGUUGGCAACUACGAUAACCGUGGGAGUUUCGGCGAGCUGGCCUUAAUGUACAACACACCCAGAGCAGCUACAAUCACUGCUACCUCUCCUGGUGCUCUGUGGGGCCUGGACAGGGUAACCUUCAGGAGGAUAAUUGUGAAAAACAAUGCCAAAAAGAGGAAAAUGUAUGAAAGCUUUAUCGAGUCACUGCCAUUCCUCAAAUCCCUGGAGGUUUCUGAACGCCUAAAAGUAGUAGAUGUGAUUGGCACCAAAGUAUACAACGAUGGAGAACAGAUCAUUGCUCAGGGAGAUCUGGCGGAUUCUUUUUUCAUUGUAGAAUCUGGAGAGGUGAAAAUUACCAUGAAGAGAAAGGGCAAGUCGGAAGUGGAAGAGAACGGCGCCGUGGAAAUCGCCCGCUGCUCCCGGGGACAGUACUUCGGAGAGCUCGCCCUGGUGACGAACAAGCCUCGAGCAGCCUCGGCGCACGCCAUCGGGACCGUCAAAUGCCUGGCCAUGGAUGUGCAAGCGUUUGAGAGGCUCUUGGGACCUUGCAUGGAGAUCAUGAAAAGGAACAUAGCCACGUAUGAAGAGCAGUUAGUGGCGCUGUUUGGAACAAACAUGGAUAUUGUUGAACCUACUGCAUGAAGCGGAAGUAUGGAGCAAGAAGACCUAUAGUGACAAAGUGACACAGUAGUGGUUAGUCCACUGAGGAUGUGUUUGUCUAGAUGCCAAGCAUUUUCUGUGGUUUCAGGUUUUUUCCAUUUUUUUUUUUUUACAUUUACGACGUAUCAGUACACCGUAGUGACCUAAUAGUCAGUAGGCUUUAACAUCACUUUCUAAAGAGUAGUUCAUAAAAAACAAAAAACAAAAAAAAACCAACAUAUUGGUAAAAUGACUUUCUACUCCACAAAAUUAUUUGACUGAGAGAUUUAUUCAAAUGAUUGUAAUAUAUUAAAAAUAUGUGUGUUUAAGAAGAUAAUUAAAAUAUGUUACCAUGGAUGAUAUGUGUUUGACUUCUUCAUGAUGUCAUAUAAGGCUGUGCCCAUGUGAGAGGGAUCUUGGCAGGAAUCAUGCUGUGAGGCAUGGCAUAACGUUCCUUUUAUAACCCAUUCUGUAUAGUAACAUUGUAAUCAUUCUAGUUUUAAAGCUCUUCUGGCUUGAUAGGUUAUGCGCUGGCCUUGGCCUGUCGGUGAAAUGGUAUACAACAUCAUAUGCAAUUUUAAAACUUUUUAUAUUUUGCAAUAAAGUAACAUUUUGACUUCUUUGAUGUGAUGUCAGUAGCCUACAUAUUCCAGUGGUUUUAAGGACUGGCAAUUUAGUCAUAUGGUAAUUGGAGAAAUUUUUUUUUUUAGAUUGGAGAUCAUGAAUUCGUUCUUUUCAUCUGGCAUAUCUUUUUUUUUUCAUUUUGCAGUUCUCCACAUUCUUUAGAAAAGUGUGGUUUUGACAUUUGAUGUCAUGAAGGGUUUUUUUUUUUUUUUUUUUGUUAGCUAAUCUUAUUAAAUCUGACUUUAUCUUCUAAAAUCCUAAGAUCUAAUACUUUAAAAAAGAAAAACCCAUCUAUACCACACAUAUGUUGGGGUCUUCUGAGCCUGGCCACGGGCAGCUGCUGUUCUUCGCAGGGCCUGUGUAACACAGUCCAUAGUAAACACCUGCUCUCAGUGCCUGUUUGCCAGCCCAUGAGCUCAGCAGUUCAGCAGCUCAGCAGCCAGUGAAGUUCCCCCACUCCUCUUAAGAAUUCCUCAUAUGAGCAAGACUAGCCAUGACGAUGAAAGGAACCUUUGCCCACACAGAAUAAAUCCUCAGGCCUUGCCAUGUGCUUCCAUGUAGAUUUGGUAGUUACAGGUGCAGCAUGAACUCCAACCUGAUAGGUUUUCAUUGAUCAUCGACGUGCUUAUUACACUGCCACGUGAGAUGGAUUUUAUCAUAUUCAACCAAAGCAUCAUACUCUGCCAUGAUUUUUGGGCCUCAUGACCCUAUGGCUAGGGACAUUAAUUCUAGCCAGUUGUUUGCUUUUAAAUGAGCAAUUCCAUUUUGGGAAAUGUGUUUCAAAAGAAUCUGUACAUGGGUAAAAUUCUUUCGUGGCUGUGUGGUCCUAUUAGAGAAUGUGUAUGGUCUGACUUGCGUAUGAAAACACAGUCAGAAUGUUAAGUUGGGUAAUGUAUAUAUAAGAAGUGUAAAAAGUACGUGAAGUAUAACUUCAGCCACGUUUUAACAUUUUAGAAUGCUGUUUGACAUUUUUGUGACGACUUCUUGUAGGAAAAGAGAACUUUCUACGUGACUCGUUUUUGAUUUCAGAAUUUAUUUUAAAAGACAUGUCUGUUAAAAACUCAAAGAACUCACAUUCCUGGUCCAUCAUUUAGUCACUUUUUCAAGUUAUCUCUUUUGUUGCAUAAGCUGAUUGUUAACUAUUCAUGGAACAGCAAACAAAUGCCUGUUUAAUAAAGAACUCUUGACCAAGGCUAUAAAAGCCAGUUACAUUAUUUUCAGUAUUGUUGGUUAUAUUUAAAUUUUCCUUAUAAUAAAGCACACUUUUAUAAUAAAA